GUGAAAGUGUUUCUCAGCCUCGACUCCAUUUGGAGAAGCGGUUAGAAAAACACAAAGAUGUUGAACAGCAGCCAGAAGCGGUAAGAUUCAUGUCCAACAACAAGCAGUGCUAAAGAAAAGUGGGAAUGUGAUUGAUUCCAGCAGAAGAGAUCGACGUCUUCAGGACUCAGCGUGUACACGAGCAUUGAAAAAUGGAGAUCCCUGAUCAGGGGACAGAUCAUGUGACCUCAACCUCAAAAGACUGUAAACUACAGAGAGAGAAAUCACACUCACCAGUGCCCAGCUGUGUCUCCAUUAAGAGUGAUGAGUCUAUGGAAGUUCCUUGGACAUUUAACACUGGAAUCUCCUCACCUGUACACAGUGUUCUACAGAAGGCAGGAGACAGAAGAGAGAAGAACAUCAUCACAGCUACAGGACACGACCCAGAAUCCACUGCUGCAGAUGAAUUCCAGAAGAAUUUCAAGUUUAAGCUGGUGAAAAAGUAUCAGUGUUUGAAUGGAUUGAUGCUAAAGCAGGAAAACCGAACACUCCUGAAUGAGAUCUACACAGAGCUCUACAUCACAGAGGGAGACACUGGAGACGUCAAUAAAGAACAUGAGGUGAAACAGAUCGAGGCAGCAUCCAGGAGGAACCCAACUGAGGACACACCAAUUAAAUGCAGUGACAUUUUUAAACCACUACCUGAACAAGACAAACCCAUUAGGAGAGUUCUGACAAAACCCUUAUCUGAACAAGAUAAAGAACCCAUCAGGAACGUUGUGACCAAGGGAGUAGCUGGAAUUGGAAAAACAGUCUCUGUGCAGAAGUUUGUUCUGGACUGGGCUGAAGGGAAAACAAAUCAGGACGUCCACCUCAUAUUCCCACUUCCUUUCAGAGAGCUGAAUUUGAUGAAGGAGCAGAAACUGAGUUUGGUGGAGCUCCUUCAUGUGUUUUUUAAUGAGAUGAAAGAAAUGGAAAUUUCCAGGUUGGAGAAGGUUUUGUUCAUUUUUGAUGGUUUGGAUGAGUGUCGUUUUCCUCUGGAUUUCCAGAAGACAGUGACAGUGUGUGAUGUAACUGAAUCAGCACCAGUGCAUGUGCUGCUGAUAAACCUGAUCAAAGGGAACCUGCUUCCCUCUGCUCUCAUCUGGAUCACCUCCAGACCAGCAGCAGCUGAUCAAAUCCCCUUUGAGUGUGUCCAUCGAGUUACAGAGGUACGAGGGUUCAAUGACCCCCAGAAGGAGGAGUACUUCAGGAAGAGGAUCAGUGAUCAGAACCUGGCCAAUAAAAUCAUCACACACCUGAAGUCAUUAAGAAGCCUCUAUAUCAUGUGCCACAUCCCAGUGUUCUGCUGGAUUUCAGCUGCUGUUCUAGAGAGAAUGUUGGGUGAAGCAGAGAGUGGAGAGAUCCCCAAGACUCUGACUCAAAUGUACACACACUUUCUCAUCACUCAGACCAACAUCAUAAGAGAGAGGUACCUACAGAAGCAGGAAAGCGAUGAAGAAAUGCUUCACAAACUGGGGAAAUUGGCUUUUCAGCAGCUGAAGAAACAAAACCUGAUCUUCUAUGAGGAAGACCUGAGAGAGUGUGGCAUUGAUGUGACAAAAGCAGCAGUGUAUUCAGGUGUGUGUACGCAGAUCUUCAGAGAGGAGUUUGGGCUUCACCAGAGUAAAGUGUACUGCUUUGUUCAUCUGAGCAUUCAGGAACAUCUUGCAGCUCUGUAUGUGCACCUGACCUUCAUGAAGGAGCAGAGAAAUGUUCUUAAACAGAAUCAGGUCUGUAGGACACUUUCAGAUGUUCACAGGAGUGCUGUAGAUCAGGCUUUAAAAAGUCAGACUGGACAUCUGGAUCUUUUCCUCCGCUUUCUUCUGGGUCUCUCACUCGAGUCCAAUCAGAAACUUCUACAUUCCUUAGUAACACAGACAGGAAGUAGCUCCCAGAACAAAGAGGAAACAGUUCAGUACAUCAAGAAGAAGAUCAGUGAAGAUCUUCCUGCAGAAAAAUCCAUCAAUCUUUUCCACUGUCUGAAUGAACUGGGUGAUGAUUCUCUAGUGGAGGAAAUCCAGCAGUAUCUGAAAUCUGGAGCACAAAGUGAACUUUCUCCUUCACAGUGGUCUGCUCUGGUGUUUGUGUUACUGACAGACAUUGCCAGAUCUCUGAAAGUUCUGGAGAUAGAUACGGUGGAACUACAGCGUUUGGAGGCCACAGGAAAUCGAGGGCAUAUUGAAGCCCUCAAAAAUGAGAUGGAUGCUCCUUCUAAGUUCUUCUUCAGUUUCGAGCAAAAGAAUGGACAUAAAAGAUUUAUGCAUGCUGUGCAAACAGAAUCAGGGGAUCUCGUGUUAGAGCCUUCUGAAUUUGGCCAGCAGACAGUCAGCUUCUAUUCAAAGCUGUAUAGCAGCGAGAGGUUAGGGGCACAGGAGGUGGAAUAG